AUACAGGCUACUAAACACGUAUUUACGUCUCCGUCAUCUGCACUCAAGGCCGGCGUCUCCAAUGGCACACGUGCUUGCAAUGCGAAACUCCAUGGGAUGGCAGGGGUGGAGGCCGAGCAUAUCGCAUAUGCCGCAGUUCAGGUAGGUGUUUUUUGA